UGGAAGUGGAAGAUAGAGUUUCCGCAUUAAACUAAAUAACGAUACUGCCAUGGCAACAGCGCGAUUUUGUGUCGUUUUUGUCGUCCUUUCAGCGACUUUAGCGGAAGAUAUUAAAUUAAAAUUCAAACCAGCAACAAAACCAGUGCGGCUUUUCACUGAGGAGGAGCUGAAGAGAUACGACGGCAGUGAGGAGGGCCAGCCUAUUUACAUGGCAGUAAAAGGAGUGGUGUUUGAUGUCACUAAAGGAAAAGAGUUUUAUGGAAAGGGUGCUCCCUAUAACGCCCUGGUUGGGAAGGACUCCACUCGAGCUGUGGCCAAGAUGUCCCUGGACCCAGAAGACCUGACAUCAGAUACCGCAGGCCUCACUGAAGAGCAACUUAAGUCUCUGGACAGUAUAUUUGAAGGGACAUACAAAGCCAAGUAUCCCAUUGUGGGUUACACAGCAUCACGGAUCCUCAAUGAGGACGGAAGUCCCAACGAAGACUUCAAACCGGAGGAUCAGCCUCAUUUUCAAAUCAAAGAUGAGUUUUAAUUUCAACUCGGCUCUUUUAUCUUUCUCCUAUUUACUUGACCAGAAUCAUCAAAAAGUGUAACACAGUACAUGAGAAGAAUGAAAUAAAAGAUCCUUUUUACUUGAACUGAAGCUUUACAUGGUCCUGCAUCACCGUGAGAGUCUUAUCGCGCAGCAAGCCUUUCCCACUGCUGAGACGUCUAUUGUUCCAGUUUUCCAGUUUUUACAUCAUGCCUCAGUUGUCAGACUUCUGUGUCUGAUGUAUCGUGCAGCCUGAUGAAACUCAAACAUCCCUGUGAAGCAACAUGAAAUGAAACGCGUUGUUUAUUUUGCAUAUAUUGACUGUGUAUUGAAUGCAGCGGCAGGGGGAGAACUAUAAGAUUUAAAACACCACCAAAUGUUUCUGAAGAGACACUUGAUUUUAGUACUACUGCAACUGAUUCUGAGAUGUCUGAAAUAUGUUGAAAGGAACAGAAUAAAUAAAUAAAAAAUCCUGGCCUUAUUUAUGAUACGUAACAAAUUAUUAUUAGAAAUGUUGAUGGAUAACUUCCUGCUAAUCCACGACUAUUUGCAUUAUUUGUAAGUCUAAAUGUUGUCACUAUAAUUUGCUGUUUGUCCACAACAGAAUGAGGGUUGAACAGAAAACUGUAAUUCUGCUGCUUUGUUCAUGUUCAGUCCAUUUUUUUCUCAACAUGAUUUUUGUUUUUGGAGAAUUGUCAAUAAAAUUUGCAAAUUUA